AUGAUUAGCAAAUCUUAUUCCCACUGGCUGACUUGGACGAUCUUAUGCCUAUCUAAUAUAUUUAAAUCUGUCUCUUCGGCCUCCAUCCUUCAAGAUGUGACGCCUUCAAUCAUCAAUAACUCUACAACAUCAAAAAAUGGAACUGGCGCUUAUCGUGUUCUGAAAGAUAGUGGAAUUUGCGAGACGACUCCUGGAGUGAAGACUUACUCUGGUUACAUUGAAGUUGGUAGAAAUCAAAACAUGUUCUUUUGGUUCUUCGAGGCUAGGAAUAAUCCUAAAACAGCGCCUCUUACUCUAUGGCUAAGUGGUGGUCCCGGCUGUAGCAGCAUGAUUGGACUGUUCCAGGAAAAUGGACCAUGUACAAUCUCGCCUGAUGGUUCAUCCUCGACUCUGAACCCUUAUUCGUGGAACGAAUACUCGCAUAUGAUCUAUGUUGACCAACCCAUCUCAUCCGGAUUCUCUUAUGGGAAAAAUGAUGUUCAUUCAACCGCACAAGCCGCCCCAAAGAUUUGGAAAUUUUUACAACUUUUGUUCGAAAAUCCAACCUUUUCUAAAUACAAAAAGGCUGAUUUUGGACUUUUCACUGAAAGUUAUGGAGGUCAUUAUGGUCCGGUCUUUUCUGAAUACUUUGUCGCCAAAAACAAACUGAUCAAAUCAGGAAAGCUCCAGGGUCAUCUUAUACGUCUAAAGGCCCUCGGAAUUAACAAUGGCUGGUUCGAUCCUCUUAUUCAAUACCAAUCCUACUACGAUUUCUCGCAAGCUAAAUACAAUGGAUUAUUUGAUCUAGUGGAUCAAAAAACAUUAAAAGAGAUGAAGACUGCAUUAACCAAAGAGAAUGGUUGUUUAGAUCUUGUCAAGAAUUGUUAUAAAACUGGGAAAGUUGAAGAUUGUCGUGCUGCUGAUCAAUUUUGUGAAACUCAAAUCACGAAUCCAUCAAUAGGAAAUCGAAAUCAGUAUUUCUUCCCUAACAAUGCAUCAGAUACUUUCCCAUCCAUAUCUUUCAUGGAAUAUCUUGCUCGCCGUGAAGUGAAGAAUGCAAUUGGCGCGGUCUCAAGAUACGAUGUUUGUCCUGAUGCAGCUUUUGAUAAAUUUAGAUCUACAGGUGAUGGUACGCGUACAACUAUACCUGCAUUAGCCAAACUUUUGAAUCAGGGAUUGAGGACUUUGAUUUGGGCAGGGGACCUCGACUUCAUUUGUAAUUGGAUUGGAGUUUACAACUCGAUUGAAGCUAUGUCAUGGAAGUUCAAAAAAGAAUUUCGAGAUGCUCAGUGGAAAAACCUUGAAAUACAAGGAAGUGUAGUAGGAAUCUAUAAAACUGCAGGCCCGCUUACUUUCGUUCGAGUAUUUGGAGCGGGACAUGAGGUUGCCUCAUACAAGCCUUUGGUUUCUCUCGAGUUGUUCAGACAAACAAUGCGUCAAGAGUCGAUUCAUGAUAUACCUUGAGUAAAUUGGCUCAUCGAUGAUAUCCUAUCAAGCAAUACGGACAGAAAGAAGCUUUUCGUCAACAAAGAUGUUAUGCUGAUCAUAUUAUAAAUUUCACUUUUUGCUUUUCCUCUGGCGUUUACAUUAAACUUAUUUUUUAGAGUUUUCCGAGUCUUACCAUCAGGUUUUAUUCUAAGCUUUUAUCCCUUAAUUCGUGAUGAUUUGUAGAUCAACUAUUUUUUGUAACGAUAUACCCUAUGAAGUCAUGAUUGUAGAAGACGAGUUUUCCUUGAUAUGAUUCUAGUCUGCAGAGGAAUUUGAUAAGUGAUUUUAGUACUUAAAAGCAACUAAAUGUUCCAGGGGUGGCCCCCACUC